UUGAAUGAAAGAGCACUUACGACGUGAUAACAUUUUGACUCUGACUUUAAACGUUUAUUGUUACAGAGAUUGUUAUAUAUACAUAGUUCGAGUAUUAAGUGGAGUUUUAGAUUACAAAAAUGAGCAUCAGUUAAGCUUGAGUAUUUUGAUAGGAAGCACCAGUUUUGUAUCGUUUGUAAAAAUAUUAAGGAAAUUGUUAGUGAAUCAUCCAAAUAAAAUGUUUAUUUGCCGCUUAAUAAUAUUGUCUAUAAUAUACGCUGUCACAAUUUCCGCAUCUGAGAAUGAAGGAGCAAAACAAUUACUUCCAGUUCGAGUUUAUUAUGAGUCAUUGUGCUACGACAGUUUGAGAUUUUUCAGAAAUCAAUUAAAGCCACUUUGGACAAAAAGGAAGGACUUUAUAGACUUAAAACUCAUUCCAUUUGGUAAAGCGUCGUAUCAUUGGAAUAAAGAAUCAUCACAAUGGAGGUUCAGCUGCCAACACGGUAAAUUCAUUUAUAUUCAGAAAUACAAUAAAUUAAGGUCGUAUGCAAAUUUACAUCCGCACAUAUUUCAUCAAAUUUCACUUAAUUUCCUAUCUUUCUCGUCCUCGGAAAAAUAUUUUAAGGUCAACGUGAGUGUCAACUCAACAAGCUGCAUGCGUGCAUUUUAGAACACUUUUCAUUUGACAAUGCUUUCACCAUCAUCUCGUGUCUGAUGUCCUCAUUCCGGUCAAAUGUUCAUGACUGCACGCCCGAAGGUUUUGAUAUAUCAUCAACACUGAGCUGCUAUAAUGGUACGAAUGCUGCUGAAGGAGCUCAGUUGUUAAAAGCAUAUGGAGAAGUAACAAACACAAUUGACUUGAGCUUUGUACCGAGCAUAGAAAUUAAUAAUCAUUUCUCAUAUGAUGACAAUUGGGUACUGCUGGAAAAUUUAGACGAUCAGAUAUGUAAGCGAUAUAAACGAAAAUUUAGUUCCUCUUUAGACAAUUGUAAUUAAAGAAUGUGGAAAAAUGUGAAUAGUUUUGUCAUAAUUUAUAGAUCAAUUUACUUCCUACUACCUCUUUUCUUCUUCCACCAGUGCAUAUAAAUAAAUUCUUCCGUAGUUAAUAAACUUUAUUGUUUUCGGAAGAAUUCAAUAUUUGAAAAGAAUUCCACCA